AUACUAUGGUAGUAUGUAUAGAUGGUAUACAGUUCACUGUAUAACAACAACAUAACACAGAAUAAACAAUUGUUUACUAUUCUGUGACAUAUUGGACUGUGAACAUUAGAUUAUUGGAUGCUAUCGCAACCUUUGACUAGUUGGAGUGGAAAUUAUCCAAUUUUCGACCAGUUUUUUAACCGGUUUCAGCUGGUCAUUAACUUUGGCCUUGGCCAAGGUUCUUUCAUUUUUGAAAGAGAAACGAAUAAGUGAAUCUUGAACAUUAGUUGUUGUAAUCUGUGAUUAUUGUUUAUAUGUUCUGUUGAACUGUUUCCAAAAAAGGAUUCUGUAAAAGAUGUCGAAAAAUAAAAAUCCUACAGAACUAGUUAGUGAGCUCAGGAACGCAUUCAAUAGCGGAAAGACUAAACCAAUUGGAUACAGAAUCAAACAGCUGAAUGCUCUGAAACGCUUAUUGGAAGAAAAUAAAGAUGAAAUUACCCAAGCCCUUGCUGAUGACCUGCAUAAGUGCAAAAUAGAAUCAUUGUUGAUGGAAGUUAACUUUCUCAUUUGUGAAAUAGAGUAUGUACUUAUGCAUAUUCGUGAGUGGUCAAAACCAGAGAAACCACCUACAACAAUUGCUAAUAUUCUAGAUUCAGUUUAUAUCUUACAUGAACCUUUUGGGGUUGUACUUGUUAUGGGGGCUUGGAAUUACCCACUUCUCCUCACCUUAUCUCCUGUUAUUGGUGCUAUCGCAGCUGGAAACUGUGUAGUUAUUAAACCAUCAGAAUUGUCACCUGCUACAUCAAAAUUCAUAGAGAAGUCUAUUCCAAAAUAUCUAGAUGCUGAUUCUUUUCAAGUCUAUGAGGGAGGAAUUCCUGAAACAACUGAAUUGUUGAAAGAGAAAUUUGAUUAUAUCUUCUACACUGGAUCCACAACAGUGGGGAAAAUAAUUCAAGCUGCUGCUGCUAAACAUUUAACACCAACAACUUUGGAAUUGGGAGGUAAAAGUCCUGUUUACCUAGAUUCAACAGCAGAUAUAGAAAUUUCUGCUAAAAGAAUAAUUUGGGGAAAAUGUGUUAAUGCUGGGCAGACAUGUAUAGCUCCAGAUUAUCUUCUUUGUCCUAAAAGCCUCCAAGACAAAUUUGUGACCGCAUGUAAGAAAGCCUUGAAAGAACUUUUUGGAGAGGAUCCCAAAUCCAGCCCAGACUAUGGUCGGAUAUUGAAUGAGAGACAUGUUCAAAGACUCUCCACUUUGAUAGAAGGGAAUGUGGUGGCCCAUGGAGGCGAAGUUGAUUUCGCUGACAAAUACAUUGCCCCAACAAUACUGAUAAAUGUUGAUCCAUCAUCUCCAAUCAUGCAAGAGGAAAUUUUUGGUCCCAUAUUGCCAAUAAUCUCAAUUGAAGAUGCAUAUGAUGCUAUAAAAUUUAUAAAUAGUCGAGAGAAGCCACUGGCUUUAUACAUUUUUUCCAACAGAAAACGAGAUAUCGAGCAAAUUUUGUUGAAUACACCUGCUGGUGGAGUUACCGUGAAUGAUACUAUUAUGCAUUUAACUGUACACUCCCUUCCUUUUGGUGGUGUUGGCAAUAGCGGCAUGGGGCACUAUCAUGGGAAGUACAGUUAUGAUACAUUCACUCAUAAAAAGGGUGUUCUGCAUAAAAAUUUGGGCUUAAUUGGAGAGACUCUAUCUUGUCCCAGGUAUCCUCCUUACACUCAAGCAAAUUUGACUUAUUUGAGAAUAUUAUUGGCUCCUGGGUUAUCUUUGCCAAAAAAAUAUCUGACUCAUUUAAUGUGUUUUGGUCUUGGCGUUGCAUUUUUUUACAUUGUAAAGUUCAUCCAAUCCUCACUUAUCGAGCAAUAAGUGCAGUUUAUAUUUUUUUUUUAUAAGAGGUGGUAGAACAAAGCGAACAUAUUUUCCCAUGGUGUGGGUCUUGCAUAUAAAAACCGGGUGCUAAAUUUCUAAUAACUUUCAAAGAUACAUUUUUUUGGCAACUUUUUUUGAGGAUAAAUAUUUUAAUAAGGUGUGUUCUGAGAGUUACUUUAAAUAAUUGAAAUGGGUAAACGAUAAUUGAAGUUGAAUACAUUUUUUAUCAGGAUUUUAAAUAAGUAUGUAAUCAUGAGUUUAGUAUUUUAGUUCAUAAAUGAAUUCAAUAACAUAUUUGCAAAUUACUUUCAGUUCUGUGCCGAAUUUAAUAGUUGAAAUUUUUUUUCUAAAGUAGUUGAAGAUUUAUAUAGUCUAGUAGAUCUAGUUUCUUGUCUUUAUAGGUGAAUUUCAUAAACUACACCUUACAAUUUGAUCUUCACAAACUUUAUUUCAAAAAUAUGUCGUGAUAGCUUUUUCAUAGUGAAAAAAAUUUAUAGGUGAAGAAUUUUGAUGGCUAAUAAAAUUAUCAAAAUCAUUUCAAUUAUUUUUGUUGAUUCUUCAGCUACUCCUCUUUUUGGGUCCUUAUCAUAAAAUUAUAAUUAUAUUUAAUGUCUGAUAGUGGAUAUAUACUGAACAUUUUCUUGUUGGAAAGUAUUUUGUGACAUUUACAAAUUUUUAAUGAAUUUUAAUUAUGCCAUAUCAUGUUAUCAUUUAUUGUUGGUUCUUGAAAACAUCUUAUAAAUAUUUGUCAAAGUGAUCAAAUGAAUGUAUUUGUAUGUAUAACGUGUUAACUUUUUCAGUUACAGUAGAACUCCUGUUAUGCAAACUACAACUAUAUUGUUCACUUUGGGAAGAAAAUUUUUUAAAUUUUUUCAGACAAAAUUACAUUGCAAACAAUUUAUCACGAAUCAGGCACAGAUACAGAUCUAUCUUCAUAGUGCCUUCUAAUUUUGAUUUUGAAAUGUACCACAUUUGCCAGGCAAUUUAAAUCUUUCAAUAGAAAAAUGUCCCUGAACGUAAUUAUAAUACCAGAAAGGAGCAUUAGUCAGUUACUUUAAUCAUUUUCGGAGUUUUUUCCUGUAAGAUGAGCUUAUAUUUGAUUAUCUGAACAAUUGUUGAUCCUGAUUGAUUUGGAUAAUAAUUGGAGUUUUAAUGUACUGAAAAUGAUUUUUUAAGUAUUUUACAGAGAAACACUUUGUUCGUUUACUUUUUCAUAUUAUAUCUUCAUAUUAAUAUUUUAUUGUUUUUGACAAUAUAUUUGCUUAAAAAAUGUC